CUCCUUCAAAUACCUCUCCUGAAACUCAUUAUUAAAAAAACUUAACGAAGCAGUAACCUCCUCCGCUUUUUUAAAAAUAUCACUUCAUCGAUACUCGUGAAAAGAUCACCAUGGAGCCUACUAGCUUAAUCGACGACGCUGAGUUCUCCCUUCCGCCGGAGCUUCUCACCGACGAUGAUUUCCUCGUGGAGGAGGAGAACAAGGUCGAUCGGUUCGGAAACUGUUUGUUCCCGUACGAGUCGAGUCAUUUUGGCUCUACCGUUAAACCAAUCGAUGACGAGGAGGAGAAGCUCGUAGCUGGAUUGACCAGUAAAAUGGUUAAGUCGUCUCUGAAAGAUGAUUUCUCCGGUGGAAAUCUCGGUAGCCACGCUUUUCCGGCGGGGAACGACGCCAAGACGCAAGUUUCUUCUCAGACGGUGGCGUGGGAUCUGCACUACGCACCGGCGGAGGAACUCAACGGUUAUAACAACCAUAAUGGCAGAGGACUGCUCGAUCUUCCCAGAAAAUAUACCCUCGCCGCAGCUAAAAUCACUAACGCCGGCUCUAGCUACUAUAACCGCCAAACUCUCCAGUACCAGAGGCUACAAGCUAUCCACCAGCUAAAGCAGCAGCAGCAGCAGUUGAUGAAGUACCAUCGCCAGUUGAUGCAGCAGCAGAGCAGAGGAUUAGGAGCUAAUAAUAACAGCAACAACAAAAUUGCUGGUUCUGUGGACUUGUCGCCGUCUGCAUGGUUUAAUCAGCCUCAGAGGGGUGAUGUUCCAGUAGGAAACCGUACCGGGAAACGUGGAUCAACCGGAACCGGCGUCUUCUUGCCCCGUUGUGUUAACCAUGUAACUGCCGCGGUUCGCCAGAAGCCCAUGCUUGCGACGAGUUUGGUUCCCGCUAGAGUGGUACAGCCAUCGGUCCGGUCGUCGCCUAGUCUAAAUGAUGGGUCGUGGAGCAACGAUGGCGGAUUCUCGAGCCAGAUGAAGAUGGAGCAGCCAGUGAAAGAGGAUCCCCGGUUACCUUUGGACUGGGCGUAUUGAUGGAUUUGGGUUUCCGUAACAUUUGGGUGGUGGUUUUUAGGAAAGGUUUGAAGAAGUUGAAGAAGAAA